AUGAAUUCAAAUAGUAGACCAAGUCCCUUCAUUUGUUGUUUACUUAGAUUACUUGAAAUAAAUCCAUCAUCGGAGAUUUUGAAGAUUUAUUUGAAUCAAAAUAAAUUCAAAUAUUUAACGGCAUUGGUGUUAAUGUUCAUCAGAAUGACAAAGAGACCAGAAGAGGUAUAUAAUUUAUUUGAUAACUAUAUAACGAAUUUUUCAAAAUUGAGAAUCCAAUUGAAUGAUCCACAGUUCAUCAAUGGCAUACCGAAGAGUUUCUCACUCUGCCAUGUUGAUGAAUUCGUUGACGAUUUGUUAACUAAGAAAAGAGUUGUGGAUGUAAUUCUACCAAGAUUAGUGCCCAGACAAUUUCUUAUAGAUAAGGGAAUUAUAGGUGAAAGACAAUAUCUUGUCACCUCUUUGGAUGAAGAUGAGGAAGGGAAAGAAGAGCCAGGAAAAGAAGAAGAAAAGAAAGAGGAUGAAAUGGAAGAAGAAUUUGUCAGUGAUAGUGAUUAA